AAAUGACAUAUAUAUUAAUGAAAUGGACGUUGAUUUCAGAAUAAUAUUUUGACAAGAUGCGUAAGCAGCGUGAUCGACUGUCUUCGCGCUCCCGGUCAAGGACCAGGCAAAGGCGCGUAAGACGGACACGUUCGAGAUCCGAGAGGCAACAUCGCGGGCGGUCGGGGCGUUCGCAGUCCGAACGUUCACAGCCGAAUCGAUGCCUGAGGACGCCUUCGCGGUCGGAGCGACGCCGUGGCAAGCGGACACCGUCGGAGCGAAGCCGGCGCGAGCAGUUGCGGUUGGAGCAACGCCGUGAAGAAAGAACGCUGACGGAACAAAGGCGAUGCGAGCUGUCGCAGUCACGUCGAAGUCGACGCGAGCGGUCGCACUCACAUCGGAGUCAGCGCAAGCGGUCGCUGUCUGAGCGGCGCGGGAGCGAGAAUAAGCGCGACAGAGCUUCCAGAUCAACAACGCGGCGGCGUUCGCAUGCAAACCGAAAAAGGUAUUCAAGUCGGUCGAGAAGUCGUGCUUCACGUAUGACAAACAAAUAUAAGAGUAUUGACCGUAGUGUAACACGAUCUAGAUCGCGAGUACGAUGUUCUCGAUCGACUGAACGCUCAAUAUUGAAGUCACGCAGCACGAGACGUACUGCGUCACGUCGAUUUAAUUAUUCAAGAUCUGUUUUAUAUUCGCGUGGUAGAAGUUACUCUAGAUGUGCACGUAAUAGUAAUCAAGGGCAUCACAAGCGUUCUGAAUGUAACAUGCAAAAUAAUCGUUCAUCUCCUAUGCCUCAAAUUGAAUAUACUUCACGGGUGCCAAGUCCUGUUCCAGAGAACAACGCACAUUUAGGUAAAAUUGAUACAAGUUUAAAUGAAAGUAAAGAGGUUGCAGCUACUGGAACGGGAUCAAUGGCAGCCGUGUCGGCUAAUGAGAUGGAGCAAUGUUCUUCUUUGACAAACAACCAGUUAUUAGAAACCCUUAAUAAAACACUGCAAACUAUGACAACUGUCGCAUCUAUGUCACAUUCUAAAGGAAAAUUUACUAAUCUGAACGUUGUACCAGAGUUUGACCCAAAUGUAAAGCACCAAACCAUUAUUAACUGGCUCAAUAAAGUUAAAGAAUGUGCAGAGAUAUACGGUUGGAAUAGUCAACAAACUGCACAUUACGCUCUCCCAAAACUUACUGGUACUGCAAAACGAUGGUACGAAGGGCAACCAACGGUUUUACAUUCAUGGGAAAUUUGGGAAGAGAAAUUGAAAUUAGCUUUUCCGUGUAAUGAAAAUUAUGGACACUUAAUAAAUGAGAUGAUGAACAUAACGGCUAAGUUUGGUGAUAAUUUAGAGGAAUAUUUUUAUGAGAAAUUAAAUGCGCUUAAUCGUUGUCUAAUUGCAAAUAGAAAUGCCGUAGAUUGUAUUGUUUAUGGUAUAGAGGACAGGUCAGUUAGGUAUGGUUGUGAGGCUGCUAGCUUCGAUACUACUGACAAAUUGUUAGGCUAUCUUAAAACUGUCAAGCACGAACGAAAUAAUAAAUUUAAUAAACGAAAUUCAUUUAAAACAAGUAUAGAUUUAACACGGAAAAAUCAAAGAUUCCUUUUGAAAUGUUACAACUGCAACGAAACGGGUCAUACUAUACCCCAGUGUAAGAAACCAAAAAUAAAAUGCCAGAAAUGUUUGCGUUAUGGUCACGAUGAUCCAAGUUGUACAUUAGACAUUUUAAAGAAAUCUAAGGUUUUAGACGUAAAAACAUUAUGACUCAAUCAAACUACCGUUGAACAAGCUGAUCAGAAAUUCAGAAAACCAAUCCUAAUAAAUGGUUUACAAUUAAACGGUUAUAUUGAUUUCGGUUGCCAAGGCACUUUAAUACAGGAAUCGGCGGCUUGUAAAGUUAAAAAUCCAAUAGAAUGGGCAUUUGAUAGUCUACCUUUCUUACGGGGAUUUGGCAGUAAACUUAUAAGAGCAAUAGGAAAGUAUACAGUUAAUUUAAAAGUUGAUAAAGCUGAUUUAGAGGUUGAAUUAUUUAUAGUGCCGGAUUGUUAUUUAGACUAUGAAAUAUUAAUAGGGCAAACUACCACUGAACAGCCACACGUUGAAGUUUAUAAAACAUAUAAGGAGCUACUAAUACAAUCUACCAAUUCCUGUGAAAUUGAUAAGCUAAUAGUUAAAUGCGCGUCAGAAGUAACCAUAUUUGGAGAUGCGUCUAUCAAAGUUUAUGUUGGAAAUAAUUUUACGGGUAGUAUAUUUAUUGAAACAGGCCAUCGUUUAAAUUAUAAGCUCCAAAUAGGGUCGAUUAAGAUAGUGAAUGGUUUAGGUUACGUUACUAUCAUAAAUACACGGAAUGAAACUACAAAAUUUAUAAAGGAUGAACUUUUACUGCGAACUUGUAUAGACGUAAAUCUAAAAGUGACUCAAGCACAAAUUAUUGAUGUAAGAAAAAUUGAAAAGAGCGCGAUUACUUUGGAUGAAUUAAAUAUAGGAUUAGAACUUGAUGAAAAGCAGAAAAGUGUUUUACUAAAGUUAGUUAAUGAAUACCGAGACUGCUUUGCAAAGGAUUUAUCGGAACUAGGACAAACUCAUGUUACAGAAAUGGGUAUAGUACUUAAGGAUACAGAACCAGUAGUUUAUCGCCCAUAUAGACUAAGUCAAAUGGAACGAUUAGAAGUGAAAAAUAUGGUUGAUGAAUUAUUACAGUAUGAUAUAAUAAGACCGUCAACAUCACCAUACGCUAGUCCUAUAAUUGUCGUGAAAAAGAAAACUGGUGAUAAGAGAUUAUGUGUCGAUUAUAGAGCUUUAAAUAAAAAAACUGUUAAACAACAUUAUCCACUGCCUAGAAUUGAAGACCAGAUUGAUCGAUUAGCUGGAAAUCAAUUUUUCUGUGCUUUAGAUUUAGCGUCCGGAUAUUACCAGAUUCCUCUUUCAGAGGACGCAAAGCCUAAAAGUUCAUUUGUCACACCCGACGGACAAUUUGAGUUCAACAGAAUGCCCUUCGGUAUGGCUAACGCACCGGCGGUAUUCCAACGAGCAAUAAAUUUAAUAUUAGGAAAUUUACGAUUUGAUACUGCGUUGGCAUACAUGGACGAUAUACUAGUACCAUCAUCUAAUUUCGAUGAAGGCAUAAAAAGAUUGAAGUUGGUAUUCGAAAAACUAAGAUCAGCUAACUUAACACUUAAACCUCAAAAGUGUUUCUUUUUUCAAAAACAGGUUGAUUAUUUGGGCUUUGAAGUUUCAGGAGAGGGUAUUAGGCCUGGCUCUAGAAAGUCAGAAGCCGUUUCAAAUUUCCCUACUCCUAAAGAUGUUCACAACGUAAGGCAAUUUAUAGGUCUGGCAAGUUUUUUCCGAAGAUUUAUAAAAGGAUUUGCAGAUAUUGCCAAACCAUUGACAAUGUUGUUAAAAAAAGAAUCUAAAUGGAUGUGGGGUAAUGAUCAGGAAAAUGCAUUUAAUAAGUUAAAAAGUGCCCUUACAUCAAGACCAGUAUUAGCUUUGUAUAACCCUAAAGCCGAGACUCAGAUUCAUACUGACGCUAGUAAGUCAGGCAUUGGUAGCGUAUUACUUCAGAAACAAGACGAUGGGCUAUUUCGACCAAUAGCAUAUUACAGCCGCCAGACAUCUCCAGAGGAAUCACACUUCUCAUCGUAUGAGUUGGAGACACUAGCAGUGAUUGCGUCAUUGGUCAAAUUUCGCCCCUAUGUCCUAGGAUUAAACUUUACAAUAGUAACUGAUUGUAACUCUUUGAGGGCAACAUUUUUGA